ACGAUGAAGACCUUAGGUCAGAAGGCUGUCAGAGCACGGCAGCGUCUCCUCUCCCUCUCUGAACAUGGGGACUCUGGAGGAAGUGGAACUCUGUUUUCCUCACAUUAACACCUCUUGCAGGAGGACAAGACGUCCUUACAUGGAGACCUCACUCAUUAACAGUGUGUUGUCCUGCAUCAUUGUGCUCACUGUGAUUCUUAACCUACUGGUCAUCAUCUCUAUCUCCCACUUCAGGCAGCUCCACACCACCACCAACCUCCUCCUUCUCUCUCUGGCUGCUGCUGACUUCCUUGUAGGUUUUGUAGAGAUGCCAUGUAUUCUCCACCACAACCAAGGCUGCUGGCUCUUGGGCGACGCCAUGUGUGGCCUCUAUUACUUUUUAGGUUUCCUCGUUGUCAGCGUUUCAGUGGGAAGCAUGGUGCUGAUAUCAGUCGACCGCUACAUAGCGAUUUGUGACCCCAUGUUUUACACCACCAGAGUCACUCUGACCAGAGUUAAACUCUGCAUUUGUCUGUGUUGGGUAUUUUCUAUUGUACACAGCAGUUGGAUAUUGAGAGAGUUCUUAAAACAGCCUGACAUGUAUAACCCCUGCUAUGGAGAUUGUGUUGUUGCUGUUAAUGUUGCUGAAGGAGUCAUUGAUCUUGUUGUGACCUUUUUAGGUCCCAUUUUGAUUAUUGUAAUUCUGUAUUUGAGAGUGUUUGUGGUGGCUGUGUCUCAGGCUCGGGCCAUGCGCUCUCACAUUACAGUUGUCACAAUGGCGCGUUCCCAGAAUGUAAAAGCUAAGAAAUCUGAGAUUAAAGCCGCCAGGACUCUCGGUAUUGUAGUGGUUGUGUUUCUUCUGUGCUCAUGUCCAUAUUAUUGUUUUGUUGUUGCAGCCGAGACUAACUUGGUUGGGGAAUCAACAUCAGGCAUUGAGCUUUGGUUCUUGUUAUGUAACUCCAGUCUAAACCCUGUUAUCUACGCCUUUUUCUACGUGUGGUUCAGAAAAACCAUCAAACACAUCAUCACACUCAAGAUACUGCAACCUGGCUCCUGUGACACCAGUGUAUUGUAGAAAGAGACAUUGAAGUUGUGGUGGUGGGUAAUGGCAAAUAUCUAAACAAGACGGUUUGAGUCCAAAUUUGAGACAAUUUUUAAGUAACAGGUCAGGUCUGGUGCAGUGGUUUGUGGUUGUGGGUUUUCUUGAUAAUUCAUAGAUGAGAAGUAUGUUACAUCGCAAUGCAACAACAAACUGAUCAUAGUUCUGUUUUUUGUCUCAAAAUAUAUAUCAGACUGUUCAUAAGAGUUUUAAGCAGCACUGAAUAGAGCUUCAUUACUGUAAUACUCUCAAGUUGUUUUCCAUUUUACAAUGCCUAUUGCUUAAGUAAUAAAAAUACUUCUUAUAAAUAGCUUUGGUUGGAACACAGGAAUGUGAAGAUUUGACUACCAUGAGCAAUCUUUCAUUAUUGACUGUCUUUAACAUGAGUACAUUUCAAUGUAUUUGUUUCUUUGUGUUCAUUUGCAGAUGUGCACCAAUGAUCUAUAAACCGUAUGUAGUUGUCA